CCGCAUGUGACUAGAAUGAUGAAAUUUCAAAUGUUUCGUUUAGAUUAAAAACUAUUUGUGUGAGAUUUAAUUGAAAUAAAGAAGAGAUUCUGAAAUCAGUUAAACAAUCACUGAAGGGACGGAUUUAUUUGGAUAUAUCGAUAUAUGUACAUGAAGUUGGGACUGCUUGAAAAUUUUCUUCAUGGAAGGAGAUAGCGAAAACGGAAGAGAGAUGGAGACGUUGCCAGACUUUUCUUCAUUACCAGAGGACAUCGUUUUGAAUUGUUUGGCUCGUGUGUCGAGAAUCUAUAAUCCAACUCUAUCCUUAGUCUCCAGGAGUUUCAGAUCUCUCAUCGCUUCGCCUGAGCUUGAGGCGGCACGAUCCCGUGUGGGAAUAUUAAGAGAAGCUUUCGUUUGCUUAGACCUGAACACGAGCAACCCGAAUCCUCGGUGGUUCAUUCUUUCCCAAGAUACGGGACGACAGGGAUUACCUACUGCGGAACUACUACCCCUCCCGCCCUUUCCAGGUGAACAUCCCAGAUAUUCGACCGUUCUUCUAGUCGAUUCAGUGAUUUACAUUAUUGGGGGCUGGGUUGGAGGAAACAUAAGCAAUAGAGUGUUGCUUUUUGAUUGUCGAUCACAUCGAUGGCGUAGUCUCCCAAACAUGCGUCACCCUCGACUUUCUCCAGCCGCUGAUGUAAUCGACGGUAAGAUGUACGUGAUUGGUGGUUCCUACAAUAAUAUCGACAAUUGGGGGGGAGAGGUUUUUGAUGGAAAGACUCAAACGUGGGAGCCAAUAUUGCCUACAGCAGUAGUUGAUCUCACCGCUGAAAAGAGAAAUGUGGUUCCAGGAAGAUUAGUAAUGGGUGGAAAAGAAUAUUCCAUGCAUGGUUUGAAUCCUGAUGUGAAUACCAACGUUUGCUUGGUAGACAAGAGGUUGCGUAUAAUGUCAUUUUCCCAUCAUAGUCUUUUUUGGAACGAUCCAAAGGAAGACUUGGUGUGGAGGUUGGUUCUAGGACUCGAAGGAUUCUCUAAGUUUCCAUAUUUUCAUCACAGGCUUAAUUUGUUGGGAAACUCCGACGGAGGAAGAAAAGUGAUAGUGUGGUGGAGGUCCGUGAGUACCCGUCGUGAAGCUCCCCAUUACACUCCGUGCGAGGAAACAAAGAUUUGGUGUGCAGAGGUUUCGUUUGAGAGACGCGGAUUACAAGAGCUUUGGGGAUCUGUUCAAUGGUCUGAGAAUGUGUUGACCAUUGAUGGAUGUCACUCUCCUUCUGAUUUCCUUUUGCAUUCUGUGCAUUGUUAGCAUAUUUUUAAGGAUCAGAUUUGUUUAGAAUUAUAGAUGGAUUAUCAGGAUUGAGAUGAUUUAUGAUUUUGUGUGCGUGCUGGUUUUCUAAUUAUUCUUCUAUGGUUUUCUUCGCUCAUUGUAACAAAGACGUUAAAUAUCCAAUAAUAUAUUAUAUUAUGAAA